AUGUAUAGAAUUGUUUUAGCAUUAAAGUGUUUACUCUGGUUUCUAGGAAAAUGGGAAGUGGAUUUGACUUGGCUGCCUUACUUCUCAAAUCCAUAUACCUAAUAUAGUAACAUUAGGGAAGCAAAAUAUCUCUUGGCAAAUAACUACAAUCCAUAUAAUACAGAUGGGAUAUUUUAAAAGCCCUUAGUUGUUUAUGGAUUAAUUUAUAUUGACAAUGAUCACAUAUUUCUGAUAGUCGAUAUUUUGAUAAGCUUUUUGAUUGUGCAAUUAUUUGGGGCAAAGUAAGGAUAUAGGAAAUCUAUUUUGCUAUUUUACCAUUUGAAUCCGAUUACUUUUGCAAACAUUAUAUUAAAGAAUACAAACGCAUUCGAUCACUUAUUUUUGCUGUUGACUAUAUACUCAGCACUAAAAAUUAGACUUCUUUCCCCAAUAUUAUUUGGAUUUUUACUAUAUUUAAAUCCAUAAUAUUUUAUUGUGUUAGCUGCAAUUUCAGUAAUCUUCAGAAGAGAAUCCUCUACCACAUCAAAAUUUGCACUUACUUUGAUAGCAUUUCUAUUAGUGAGUGUUCUGACUAUUGGUUGUUUAUUAUAUGCCUCAUAGCAAAUAACUGGAGAUUGGAAAUUUGUUCAAAAAACCUAUAUCGAUUAUUACUUCCCUAAAGAUCAUAGACCAACAAUAGGAUUUUUAUGGGCAUUAUUUUCAGGAUUAUUUUCAAAGUAUAAGUCUUUAUAUCAUGCUUUUUUUAUGUUGUUACCAUCUUGCUAUAUUCUACCUUUGUAUAAUUUAUUUGUGAAAUAUGCUAAAAGAGAGAAAGAGUAUCUUGGAUUUAUGAUUGGAGUUUCUUUGUUUUGCAGUUUCUUGUACUUUCAAUAUAUUGCCAUAUCAGAUUUGAUCAUAAUCUUUAUACUUCUAUUCUAAAGAUAUGACUGGCUAUUCAAUUCAUUGCCAACAAUAGUUAUUGUUCAUGCCGGAUGCUUAAUAUUAUUCUUAGGAGGUGGCUUAUAACUAACUUGGACUCAUUCUUUUACAGGAAAUCCAAAUUUCACAUUCUUUUAGGUUUUUGUGUCAUAUGUGUUUUAUGUGAUUUUGGUAUCUGAAGGAGUGAGAGAAAUGUUGAAGUUCAGAACAAUAUAAAAGAAAGAAGAGAAGGAGAAAAUGAAAUAAGAUGAAGAGGAGGAAAAAUUAGAGAGAGAGGAGAAAGAGGAUGAUUAAAUUGGUAAAACUAAAGUGAAAGGAGAUUGA